AUUUUUAUAAUAUACGAAUCUUAUCUAGGACUUAUCAGAAUCAACAAGCUCAAUAUUAUAUUCAUCGAGGAGAAAAUAUACCCAUGACGCCGAGAAUAAGAAGCUUUUUCAAUGCAGAUCAGACCAUCAUCGGGCAUGACAAAAAGAAUUUUUCUUUUUCAUUGUUCCACCAAAUGUGGGGUUGAUUAAAAAGAUAAUCCCAUUGCAUCUGGCUGCUGUGUAUAUCAUCAUUGGAAUUAAAAGUCUUGAAAUCUCGGCGAGUACAACAGAGAGCAUGACUUUCUUAGCAGUGAGUUAUUUUGCGCUGACUCGUGCACACACCAAUAUUUCAUUCGUAAAUAAGACCCUUUCGUUGAUGAGGCAAGCAAAAUGUGUAUCUGUAAGAUUAAAGUGUAUUGUGACUGAUCGGGUAGUACUGGGCCUUAUAUAUGUAAUUAUAGAUUUAAAGCAGUGCACCUUUGUCCAAUCCCUCAUGACAACUUGUGCUACUCAUGAAAUUUGACGAGCGUGCCUAAUUUAUUUCAAACAUUAGCAAAAUGGAAUGUCAUUGAAGCUCGUCACUCAACCCUUGUACAGCGUGUAAACAAGUAUGAUGGGAUCUCGAAGAUCCAGCGAAGAUAAAGAGACUCUGUGUUGUUAAGUUUUGAUCUUUGUACGCACGGUGAUACCAGAAAGCAGUGUAGUUAUGCCAGCAAUCUGAGGAAAAACGACCCUAGGAACACUUGGAUGCCCUUGAACCAGAAAUAUACAUCGUAAACAACCCAUCAAACCAUCAAUAUUAUCGAAUACACAAGAAAGAA